AUGGAUUCGGCUAGUAUUCAAUUAAUGGAAGAUAUUACAUUAGAAGGAAAAAAUAUGGAAAAACCCGUCACGAAUUUAUCAACGAAAAAUAAAAGUAAGGGUGAAAGUCCUUGUAUUUCAAACAAACUUAAAGUAGAACUGCAAACCUUAACAAUAUCAGAAGAAUCUGAGCAGCAACUUUAUAAUACAUUGAAACAUAUUUAUGGUUCUAAUUUUAAACUUUCUGAUGCAUCAGAAUAUGAAAAUAAAAGAUCAAAUUUAGGGAAACAAUAUUGGAUGGAAAGGGGUAAUUUAGUCAUUAAAGGAAUUGUUGAUUAUUCUUCUAAAGACAGUACACAUAAAACUGAGGAACAAAUCGCUAGACAAUUUGCAACAUCUAAACUUGAAAGUUAUGGUUUUCAUCAAUCACAUUGUAUUGAAGCAUUGGUGCAUACAAAAGGUGAUGUUGGAAAAGCUUUAGAAGUACUGUUUUAUAAAUAUUAUGGAUUAGAAAAUGUUUCAAGAAAGAAAAUACCUGAUAUUGAUACAGUGGAUUUAUUAGAAAAACGGCAUGAAGAAAAAGAAGCACUUGAGUCUAUUUAUGGAGAUAUGUAUACUGACAAGAUAAAAAAUCAAAUUUGGAAUGUACAAGUUAAAUUGGAUUAUUUAGUGAGAAAUGAUGAAGUAGAGCAAGAAAUUCGAAGGAUUAAACAGCAACAAGAAAAAGAAAAGGAGAAAGAAAUUUGCAGAUUAUUUAUUCAUAAGAAGUGUAGAUUUGGAAAUAAAUGUAAAUUUUUGCAUCAACAACCACAGGUAUUAAAAAUGCCAGAAAGGGAGGAUCCAUAUUUUACCCUAGAAAUAAGAUUUCCUGAAGGUUGUAAAUAUCCAUAUGAACCACCAUAUUUUUACUUUUAUAAAAAUGAUGGUACAUUUCCAAGAAUAAGUUGUUUAAGAAUAGGAAGAAAGUUACACAAUGAGGCAUUAUCAUUAUCUGAAGAUGGAAUUCCUUAUAUCUUUUCAAUAAUAUCUCUCUUGGAAAAUGAAUAUGAAAUGAAAGAAUAUUUAGUAGAAAAUAAAGAACAAUUUCUAGAUCAGAAUGAAUUACUAUUUCAAAAACAAUCAGAAAGUGAAAGUGAAACAACUAUAGCUACACAUUAUGAAUUAGGAUCUAUUCAUAGGAAAAAAAUGAAUAAUGUUCCUUGGGAAGAAGUAUUGAAAGAAGAUGAUUUAAUUGAAAGAAAUUUUAAGGAAAAACAAACAAAUCCCAGGUAUAAAAAAAUGAAAAAAAUUAGAAAAGUGUUACCUGCCUGGUCAAAAAUGAGCGAAAUUUUAGAAAUAAUAUGCAAAAAUCAAGUUACCAUAAUUUCAGGUGAAACAGGAUGUGGUAAAAGUACACAAGUGCCACAAUUUUUAUUAGAUGAUUGGAUCUUAAAUAGAUCUGAAUCUAAAAAUCAUAUUAACAUAGUAUGUACACAACCUCGAAGAAUAAGUGCAGUAGGAGUAGCAGAAAGGGUUGCAACAGAAAGAAAUGAACGUACAGGUAAUACAGUAGGAUACCAAAUACGAUUAGAAAGCAAAAUUUCCAGUAGAACUAGAUUAACAUUUUGUACAACUGGAAUACUGUUGCAAAGGUUUUCUAUGAAUCCAGAAUUGACAGAUGUUACACAUGUUAUUGUAGAUGAAGUCCAUGAAAGAAGUGCAGAAAGUGAUUUCCUACUGAUGCUUUUAAAAGAAUUACUAUCCAAGAGAUCAAAUUUAAAAAUAAUACUUAUGAGUGCAACACUCAAAAGUGAAAUCUUUUCUUCAUACUUCAAAGAAGCUCCUGUUUUAUGUAUUCCGGGAAAAACAUUUCCUGUAGAACAAAUAUUUUUGGAAGAUAUAUUUGAAAGAAUAAAUUAUGUACUUGAAGAAAAUUCGGAAUUUACACGUAAAAUUAAAGGCGAUUGGGAGCAAUUGCAAAUUGAUUUGGAAACUGCAGAGAUUGAAGGCCCUUCUAUUUCCGUACCUAGGGAAUCUAUUCAAGAUGAAAAUUUAUCAUUAAUGCAAAUUAGACAACAUUAGAAUGGAUUAUAUUUGGUGAACAUAAUUACCCUAAAACAGGUUCGAUC